GAAGUUGGUUUACAACCCGCCAUAAAAUCAAAAGAAGAAGAAGAUCACGUUAGAAAGAAUGAUAUGAAUAGCAUUGUGUUGUAAUUUCUAAAUGCUUUAAACUCAAGAAACAUAAAAUGGCAACCGAGAGUGAAGAAAAUGGCACGGAAAUGCAGCCUGAGGUGGAAGAAUCAUCUUAUUUCUUAGCUCGGUUGAAACUAGAGAAUCUCCUGAAUAAAAGCAUGAGGAUUCGUAUGACAGACGGACGCACUCUUGUUGGGCUUUUCUUAUGCACAGACAGAGACUGUAAUGUCAUCAUGGGCUCUGCACAGGAGUUCCUCAAAUCCACAGACUCCUUCUCACAAAGCGAGCCCAGAGUGUUGGGACUAGCUAUGAUUCCUGGUCAUCAUGUUGUCUCUAUAGAAGUGGAAUCUGAAAGCCUUCAGACAACCACCCAUGGACUCUAACAACUUUAGAGACUUUUAGACUGAAAAUAAUGGAUGCACAUGUUGCGUCAGCAAAUUCAUAUGGCUUCUGUCUGAGCAGGAGUUACUGGAUUAUUAUUUUUUAUUUUUUUGGACAAAAUGCCAUUCCAUCUGGGGUUUUGUUUCGAUUAAGAAAUAGCUUGAACUGUACUUUUUCAUUGGGUACAGUUAUGUGUGUGAUUGUUUGCAAAUCACAGUAUUGACUGUCAUUUUAAAAAUAAAAGACUGUUAAAGAA